UCCAACUUACGCCCUUCAUUUUUGACCUUCCCAUACGCACGACCUUCUUCUUCUUCUUUGUCAUUCUUCCCCAAGGUCUAUCGCCCGUCAAGACUCACUCUUCGGUCGUAUCUGCAUCCAGACAAGCACAAUCCUCGAUCCCGAUUACAACUCUCCACUCAGUACAAGAAACAUAUCACUUUUUCAUCAUGAGCGGUUACGGCUAUCAACCCAACGGCGCCUACGACUACCCAGCUUACGACCCCACAAUUCCUCAGUAUACGCAGUCACAGGUCUCCCAAUAUUUCGUACAAUAUGGUUGCUGCCCGCCACAGCCGUACAUCACGAUUCCCGAUUACCCUGCCGUCCCUAUUCAGUACGCUCAAACCAGCAGCCAGCAACACACGCAAUACACUGUCACUUCUGAUCCACAGCCACAAAAUUCAAGCAAGACAUGGCGUUGCGAGAUCCCCAACUGCACAUCGACCGCCAACUUCACCCGCUACGCAGACCUUCAACGGCACCACUCGACGGUUCACAGCGGAAAUACACCCAACUACCCGUGCUCUGUCAAAGACUGCUCCCGAGUUGGAGAUAAAGGUUUCACACGGCGCGAUCACCUAGUGGAGCACCUCAGAAACUUUCACCACUUGGACAUCCCGAAGCGGAAGCCGGGAGAGCGCAGCGCGUAUCCCAUGGGCCUACCGAACUACCAGACGGCCUAUCGAAUCAACAAACGCACCAGAGGCGCACGCAAGAGGAGAGACGAUGGUUAACACGUUCUAUUUCGGAAUCUGGCUACUUUCGUUGAUUCCAAGCAGAUUGGCAUUGUUGUUGUUCUCGUUGUUAGGCGUUCCUCUUUGGGAAAGCCGCUAGCUCUGCCAACGUUGCCGAUCAGCCACACCCACCCUGCGAUCCUUCAGAGACUCGACCACCUCAAGGAGAUUUUCUUACAAUUUGCGGCGAGGCUCCUUUUCUAUUUACAGACGGCCACAGUCUCGGUCUUCCCCACACCUCAAGCCGCGUAGGGAACCCACCCACGUAUAGCGAUUGCUGCGACACGCUCUCUUAUUUUUUUUUCUUUAGCAUUCUUUUUUAGAUUUCCUUUGUUUGCAUCUGUCUAGCGUUUGUCCUCAUUUCUUUUGUUCUUCAUUCAUCUUCUGGUUGUCUUUUUUUACACUCACACAUUGCAUCUGGUUUAGCGGGAGCAUGUCCAGGGCGCUUUUCUUCUUGCCAUUCUCUUGUUCCUUUUGAUUUUUUCUGCACAACUGUUAUUCUUUGGUUUAACGCUGCAUAACAGAUGGACUGGAUACUUGUCCUCUGUUUGGGUUGCAUUUUCUUUCAUUUCUUCAUACAUGUCUUAUCAUCUGAUCAUCAUCUUCUCUUCUUGUUUCUGUUAGAUUUAUUCCCCCUAGAUUAUACUGUUGACCACACGGUUCAUUUGGAUAGAGUUCUCCAUCACGUCUGCAAUGCAUUAGAUUCGCAUGUUUACAUUGGCAUAUCUGAAACUGGCAAAUAUCACUUCGUUCAAUGACAUGUUGAAAGUAUGUACGAAUCCUCAUUAUCCUCGAAAUGUUUCCCUAGUGACACAGAUUGACGCGAUAAUGACAGACAUGAAUGAAUGGUCCGGCUGUUGUCCGUAAAGCCUUCUCGCCCACCAACAACCACUACCACCCCACGGACAAGGUGUGUUUCAACAACUUUGCCCUGCGUGAGCUGAGUGGGAACAAUGUGCUCGUUCGUAUUCACAAAAAUGUCCCCGGUCGCAGGGGCUUUCCAUCCUACACUACUGUGGAUUCCCGGCUCUACGCGAUUUGU